AGAGUAGACUGGGCAGUCCGAAGACGCACGGUUAGCGAGACAACUAUCAAACUACGGCGGCCUUACAAGUCAUUUAAAUGACCUAAAUUAUCGCCGCCGGUAAACAAUGUGACCAAGUGAGGACGACGCAGUGGGGAGGACUGUCAGAAACACAUGACAACCAACUUCGGUCGGUUGAGAGAGGCGCGCCAUGGAAUCUCAGCCGAGUGUGUUCAAUGAAGAGAGGAACAUUCUCCGCCUCCGAGCAUGGGAACAGAGGAACCAAGAAGCAAGCCAAGCCAAAGCGCUCAACCAAGAGAGCAUGCCACUCUUUGGGCAACCAUACAAGACAAACAAGGGGGAUGAGCUUUCCAGUAAAAUCCAGAAGAUGCUGGGAAGUUAUGAAGAUGUGAAUAAUCCCAAUCCAGUUGCUGUAGAGCCAUUGCCCAUUCCUUCUUAUGUAACCUACACACAGUCUGAGCAGGGUCUGACAAACACAGAUAUAUCAACACAACCUUCAUUCCAUAACCAGCUCUGUAACAUGCCCAACCAAAGUCAGAGAGCUCCAUCAAGUAGCAGUUACCCCUCUCAGCCCAUGAGGACGUCUACUGCUUUUUCUCCUAACAACUGUGGACAUCUAUCAACUCUUUCAGCACAUCGACAAAAGAAUAGUGAAGCCCAUUCAGAUCACAGGGAGCAGGAGAUUUCUUCUCUGUGUCCGGAUCCUAAGCAACUACCGUUUCUACGUGCCAGUGACCAUGAAAACACCGACAUGGAUACGAAGGACACCUUUGAUAGACAUCAGUUGCAGAAAUCCACAAAUGACCCCGCUGAGUCUGGCUGCACAGUGGAGGUUUCCACGUUUAACCUCAAACAGUCCCCCAAAGAUGCACCCCAGCCUCAGGGCAACAAGGGUAAUGCACUACCCUCCCAGACGUUCCCUUCACUCCUGUCAUCUAAGCAGCCCUGUGUAGUCAUGACCCAGAAGCCAACAGCGUAUGUGCGACCCAUGGAUGGCCAGGACCAGGUGGUCAGUGAGUCACCUGAGCUAAAACCUUCACCAGAGCCAUAUGUACCUCUGCCAGAGUUUAUCAGCAAAUCUGAACAGGGCAAAGGAAAGAUACUGCCACAAUUUCUGGAGACGAGCAUGAAUGAAGCUCAAUGUGUGGAGGACAUCUUAAAGGAAAUGACGCACUCAUGGCCUCCACUCCUAACAGCGAUACACACACCUGGCACAGGUGAACCCUCCAAGUCCCCUUUUCAGACUAAGGAAGCAGAGCGUGUCUCUUCAUGUCCAGGUCAAAAAAACUACAAUUCCUCGACAGAUCCAUCCCAGCCCACCCAGCAGAGCUCUUCAUCUUCAUUACAAGCAGCACAUUCCAGACGGGUAGAGUCUGCCAGCUCCAGCGACUCAGAGAGCAGCUCCAGAUCAGAAUCGGACAGUGAGAGCGCCACAGAGGAGCCACCUCGACCCCCAGUGAGCAACUCGGUCAAAUCUGAGCCUGAUGCUCCAGCGGUGACCCAUGUUGAUUGGCAGUUGGGGAACUGGAUCAGGUCCAGUCACAGCUCAAGAAGCGAGAACCAAAGUGUCGCACAGGCCUCUGACAGCCCCCCUCACAAACCGCCUCGCCCAGCACAGAGCACCAAUCACUCAGUUGUGGAGGUAGUGGACCCCACCAGAGAGCCUAAACCUCAGGUUUCUUCUCAUCAGAAAGAGUCCACUGACAGCCUUGGAAAACUGCAGGUGUGCAGGGAAAGCCCUCAGGACAACUACAACCAGCGAAGUAGCCAAAAAUCCCCCUCUGCUGAUAGGAAAAGCUGCAGUCGUUUGAGGAAACUUUCAUGUAAUCCACACUCCUCAAAAUCAGCAAAGGCAGGUUGCCCAGAAGUCACUCUCGGCUUAAAGUGUGAGGAUGUGGUAGCCACGCGUGACAAAGACCCGUGUUUCACAGACAGACCAAAAGUGAAGACAAAAACUGAACACAGUAGAAAAAGCAAAGACAGCAGUGUCGCUAAAGGAGACGAUAAAAGGACUUCUAAACACAAAUUACUUGACAAGCAAAAAGUCGAAUCAGAGCCUGAUGUUAAGCUAGUCCUGCAUGGUCAGUGUCCAUCGUGCAGGGUUCGAUUUCCUAACCCCUGCUCCUGCCCCACCCAGAGUCUUGCACAGCCGGAUCAGCUGUCUCCUGCCCCAUCAGUCAAAAUUAAUUGUAGCAAACCAAAGUCAGAGACGAUCUGCCAGAAGGGCACCAAGACUCCUCACAAAACAACCCCAAAACACUUGGGAAAGACUGGGCAUACAGCCAAAAGUACUCAGGACCCCCACAGGCCUCCCAGAUCCCUGCUGGUGAGGAUUGAUCUAAGUCUCCUUUCAAGAGUCCCUCAGUCCUCAGGCGGCCACCAGGAGACGGGCUGCAAAUCCAAGAGAUCGGUGCUGGUCGUAGAGCAGGAUGGAGGGGGUGGUGAUGCUGCUACAAUACACAAACUCAGCAAAACCAGCAAAAAGAGUAUACCUCACAAUGUUGAGGUAGAAAUUAAAACUGUUCCCAGGAAGAAACAGAGGCUGGAAAACCAGAAUACCUCAUCAAGUCAUCUACCUGACAAAAUGCAGUCGUCCAGCAUUUCAACAGAGGGCUCGGAGCGGAAGAAGGCAAAGAAAAAUCCUUUGCAGCAGCCUGGGAAACCCAAAGACUCUGAGAAAGACUCAAAGUUACACAAUAGGCUGACAGAGGGGGCACAGGAGGGCAGUAAGAAGGCUGUUGAUAGCAAAGACUCGCGGAAGAACAAGAGGCGCAGCGGAAAGCCCACCGAGUGUCCACAAUUAGAGAAGCAAAAGCUCCCAAAGAGCGGCGCGGCGUCAUCUUCACAGUCCACCAGGGAAGCUUUGACCCCACGGCCCCUGCUCCGGUUAGAGGACAGGCAGUAUCCAGUGAAGCAUUACAUAAAGGAGGCCAAAAAACUGAAGCACAAAGCCGAUGCAGAGUCAGAUAAGCUGAAUAAAGCUUUUAUCUACCUGGAAGCAGCCAUGUUCUUUGUCGAGAGUGGAAUAGCCAUGGAAAAAGAUCCUCAGAUCUCAACGUCUUCCUACACUAUGUUUGCAGAGACUGUGGAACUGCUCAAGUUUGUACUGAAACUUAAAAACCCAGUGGACCCCUCGGCCCCUCCACCAGAAAAGGACUUUUUAGCUUUAUGUUUGAAGUGCCAGUCUCUCCUGCAGAUGGCGAUGUUUCACCACAAACAAAAAACUGCACUCAAGUACUCCAAGACGCUCUCUGAUCACUUUAAUAUCUCUGCUCAGAAAACACACGACCCCUCUUUUUCAACAUCAAAAUCCUCUGACACGCCGUCCCCCAUGCCCAACCUGCCCUCUCCAGCCAACACAUCCUCCAGCUCAGGUCCAGGCUCCAACCACAGUGGCAGUGGGUUGGUUGUGGACGCCAUCGGCAGCACUGUGGCGUUUCCCCAGGCUAUCGAACGUGUGGCUUUCAACUACGUCAACAUCACCACCUUAUUCCUGAGCGCUCAUGACAUCUGGGAGCAGGCCGAGGAGCUGGCACACAAAGGCAGCGGUUUGCUGACAGAGCUGGACACAGUUAUUGGUCCGUUGAGCCUGACGUCCAGCAUGAGCUCGAUGGUGCGUUACACCAGACAGGGGGUCCACUGGCUGCGUCUGGACAGCCUCAAGGUAAAGUGACCAACAAGCUGCUCCUGACCUCCUGCCCACCCUUCACGCUGCCUCUCACCACCUUCACUUCUCUGCAGCGACUUAGAUAUUGAGCUGGACUUUCCCUCAUGGCGUGUGCAAGUCGUAUUUUUCUUUACAUGGAUAUGAACUCAUCUCAUCAUGAACACAGAUGUUGUCUCACGUGUGUCCUCGACGAUAUUCGCUGAUCGUUGCACUUGUUUUUUUUGUCUGAUGGCUUCAUUGUUUUUUCUCUCUCUCUCUCUCUCUGGCACUUUUUAUAAACCAGGAUUACAUCUGCUGUAAUCCACAUAUUUCACGUCUUGCACAUUAUGUUCCUCAAUCUGCAUUUAAAAGUCAAGCCUUUGUUAACUAACCAUCAUAUAUACCACUUGAAGGCUCUAUUAUAUACCGCAGCAUUAUCAUUUUCGUUUGGGUGCAGGUACUGACACCAAAUCUUUCACUUUAAUUUUUUUGCUACCAUAAUUGGUAAACAAUAGCUUCUGAUUAGGCAGUAAUCUGGAGACCCCCCUUCAUGUUAACUUAUAUUACACCUACCCUGCAGUAAUUAAAAACGUGAUCCACUGUCCUCUUUCACUCUAUAUUACUUUGAUUGGAUUCAGGGAUUUCGUGUUGUAUUUAAUUUUCCAUUAUUUUUCUUCACAACAAAUAUCUUUUUCUUCUUUGGCAACAAUCACUAUAAAGAUUCAGAGAGAUUCAGAUGUUCAUGAAAUCCAGUGCUGGUACCAUUUAUUGUAACAUUUGUACCUGUAACUCAAUCAAAUCCUGUUAGCGUUAAGUCGGAAAGUGCGCGAUAUAUAAUCGCCUUUCAGUCGUAUAAUUGUAGUUGAUCCUUAAGUUGCAUUUGUGUUUUCAGACUUCCUCAAUCGGAUAAGGAAAAAUACAAAAAUCUGUGCCCUUCUGUUCGCCCUCUCAGGACAAAACACAGGUUGAAUGUAAGUCGAGUCAUCUUUUUGAGGUUGUGGCUCUUUAACAUAAAUGAAGUCAGAACACUUUCUACGUAGAAAUCAUGAAAUGAGGAAACGAAGGAAAGUUUGGAGCGGAUCAGGGAAGAUACACCUGUAUGAGAUUUUUAGAUUGAUUGGAAAGCUGUGAGGUGUGCUCAUUUACGGAUGAAGAAGUGUGCAUGGAUCAGGUGUUAGCUUAGCAUCGGUGCAUAUUCAAAGCUUUAGCAUUUCUUCUCACGUUUUGGCUUAGGGGGGGUGGAAGAGGUGACUUGGCUGACAAGUAGUAGCUAGUGUGUCAGACCAAAGCAGACAAGAAUGUUAUUCUCAUCAUCCUGUUUAAAAAAAAAAAAAGAAAAAAAAAAAUUCUGCACUUGUUCCCUCCUUCUAAAGGAAAAAAAAAAUCAAAUUAGUUCACUUUCUGUGUUGUGACUUGCCACACCCUAAACAGGAGGGAUACAUUCGACAUCCCUGACUUUCUUUGGAUAAAGUUUUGGAUGUAGUGGUUCCAAUUGGCCGUUUUUUAGUUACCUUUCAAGUGUAGUGGAGCUGCUACAGUCGUUAAACAGAUCUGAAACUACAGUUGUGUUUCCUUUCUUUGUUUGUGCACCAGUAAGCUGCGCUCCUCGGUUCCCCACACUUUGGUUAAGCAGCAAAUGUUGAGUUGCAAAAAUGUCAACUUAAUCUGUGGGAGUCGAUUGAAAUGGCCAAAACGACAGCUGACUAAAGAAUGCACUUUGUUUUAAUAUAUGUCGUAGAUUUCAGAGCGUUAUGAAACACAAGGACACGAUGAUGUCAUUGUUCACUUGUGUUGACUCUUUGUUUAGUGUCACUUUGCCUCCAAGCAAUAAGGCUGUUUCGUUGACUCACAUUUUUGAGUGAGAGGGUGACGCAUUGAUACAAACGGGGACACAAAAAUCAAAGAGAAUCAGUAUAAUAUAGUGAGGUGGGGUUAGAUUAGGUUUCGACAUGUUGGCCUGUAUAUUGAGUUGCUGUGUCUGUAUUCAUCCACCAUAAAAGGGCUAAACAAAGAUCACAAAGUGGUCGUGACUUUUUUUCCUGACAUAAACAAAAAGUAGUAUUUUUUUAAUUAACAAGUUCACCGGUGCCAUGGCGUAUGGGAUUAUUUUUUACGUAGAGUUUCUUACCACAAAUGUCUUCACUGCUAAUUAGGUAAAUAUGGCUCCAUCCAUUCAUGAACAGUCCAACUGUAACCAUUAUUAUUAUUAUUAUUAUUAUUUUUUUUGUCUUUUCCAACCUGUGGCUUUAUUUCCGUCAUCCUUAACUGUCGGUGCUUAAUUUAUGAAUUAAUCUGCAACAAGUUUACACUUCUUGUCCGAAUAAUUACUUACUGGAAAAAUGUUCAGAACGAUUUUUGAAGGAUGCCUUUUUUUCAUUUUGUGAAAUGUGUCAAGAAUUUGUGUUGCAGUGUACAGAGAUGAAUAAACACUGGAAAUGAA